CAAAGUUCAACCUGCUUAGCGAUCGGAUGAAGAGCAGCCUUGGUUCCACGUAAGCGGCUCAAAGAUCUUUCAAGACGUUGCUCGUCCUGAAAGCCAAAUGGAAGGCUGCUGCACGUGUGCGCUAUUGACUUCCCGGACUGUGUGAACAGCCAGAGACCGCUGUAUAAAUCACACAUUGACGGUGUUUAUCUAUCCCAAAGUCCUAUCUGGGAAAGUGAUUGUGGGCCAGAAUUUGGAGAGGGAACGUCUCUCUGCAGGUGCCUACAUGUAAGCACUUCCGAGCGACAGUUCUGAUAGCAAGCUCCAAGAGCAAUGUUGUUGCGGAGAAAGUCACCCGAAAAGCCAGAAUCUCAAUAUGAGUCCAAUGGCGAAAAUGGCGAGCUGGAGGAGAAGGAAGACAAGAAACCAGGUCUCUGGGAGAAGGUCAAGAAUAUCUGGGCCAAGCUGGGUUUGGACGCCGGUACAUUCAUGAUGAUGAUGAAGGGAGCUAUUCCGCCAACAGUCUCAGUAGCAAUCUACCAAUCCAACAGCGUGGCAGAUACCUACACCACGCUUGGCUAUCUCAUUGCCAUUGUCUCCAUUAUGGGUUUUUGCAUCUUACCAAGAGCAAAAUUUAUCCAGAUGAUGAUAUUCAAUGUCCUGGCGGUUUGCGUAGGGACCGCCGCGGCUCUGCUGAUGAUCUAUUCAGCGGUCAAGGCUCGCCAGCAUUCAGAGCCCAAGACGAGUGCGAGCUCCGUGGGGUCUCCUGCUCCUGGGGCCCCAACGGUAGAGUACAACUCAUCUGCAUCCGCUGUAUGCGGCGUGUGGCUGUUUUUCCAGAUCUAUCUGGUCAACACUGUUCGGGCCAAGUUUCCGCAAUUCAAUAUGUCUGUCAUCAUAUAUUCGAUAUUUGCCAAUAUCUCUGCUAUUUACGCCCCCCAGUUCUCGACGAUGACAGCCGGGAUUGCCUUCGCAAAACGGCUGUUGGAGGCAUUCCUGACGGGUCUAGCAAUCUCAGCAGCAACUUCUUUCAUCAUCUUGCCAAACACUUCAAGAAAAGUAGUUUUCAAGCAGAUGGCUGGUUAUAUUGGUUCCUUACGUGGUGCGCUUAAGGCUCAUGCGGCCUACUUUGAAUCGAUGGAGCACACCGACAUGUUUGGCAGGGUGGAGACUUUCGACAAAAAAUCGGAGAAGCGUCUGAAGAAAGGAAAGAAAGCCUACAGCCCAGAGGCCGAUGCGAUAAAGACAGCUGUACGGGGAAUUCUUGAGAUCCACGGGAAGCUCCAUGGUGAUUUGACGUUCGCAAAGAGAGAAGUCGCUUUGGGCCACCUGGGCCCGGACGAUCUCCAGGAGAUAUUUAGACAUCUACGGAGAACAAUGAUACCGGUGGUGGGCCUGAGUUCGAUAGUCGAUGUCUUCGAGCGGCUGUCCGAAUAUAACAAAUGGAACGAUCCUCUGGACGACGCACCCGAGGACAUACACUCGGACCCAGUGCGACAACGCGUCGUGCACGAAUGGAACGAUAUGAUGACCGCUGUUCAUGACCCCUUUUCUUCCAUGCUCGAGAUUAUAGACGAAGGCCUGCAACAUGUUUCUUACGCCUUGAGGAUAACAAAGCCACCCAAGCAGGCCGCAAGUCAAAACUCGAAAGACACCGGACCUAACGCCGCCGAUGAUGUCGAAGCAUCUCCUGCAAAGGCGUCACCAGGUGAAUCCGGAUUUGCACAGUACCUGGAAAAGAAACAGCAAGAGUUUCGCAGUGCUAAACUACUGGCAGUACGUGCGUGGUGUGAAGAAAAAGGUAUCAAUUUACCAUCCAACUUCUUCGAACACCCUGAAUCGGUUGAGAUUCAGGACGAGUUAAUUGGUAGGCUGUCAUCGAAUCACGUGCGGAAUCAACGACAGCUUUAUCUUUUACUCUAUAUGGCUCAUCUUCUCUACUCAAUUAACCAAGCCGUACUCGACUUUGUGCAUUUUGCAGAUGGAAGAGUCGCCUCGGGGAAAAUGUCGGAAAGGCGAUUGAUCAUUCCAGGCUCUAAACGUCUGAAGAAAUGGCUCAUCGGUGCUUUCAAAGGCGAGGAUGGUCAUGAUGAUCAUCCUCUUAGUGAAGGAUUCUCUGCCAAUCGCAAGCUAUCUCUCGGUGAAGCAUUCAACAAGCGGAAAGACCCAGAACAUCUACCUCCGGAGACGACAUGGCAGACCAUAGGUGACAAAAUACGACUUAUCCCGGCUUUUCUUCGGUCUCCGCAGUCUGCUUUUGGUUUCCGCGUUGCCUGUGCCAUAAUGACCAUUGCUAUCAUUGCUUUUCUGCAUGAUACUCAGGUCUUCUUUGUAAAGCAACGUCUAGUCUGGGCCAUGAUCAUGGUUGCCAUCAGCAUGUCUCCCACAACCGGACAAAGCAUGUUCGGUUUUGUACUUCGGCUUGUUGGGACAACACUUGCCAUGGUCGCUAGCUUCUUGAUCUGGUAUAUUCCGGGCGAGAAGACACCUGGUAUAAUUGUGUUUCUUUUCGUCUUUGCGACUUUGGGUUUCUACAUUCCGAUCAAGAAACCGCGCUUCAUCAUCGUUGGUUUCAUCAGCAUUGUUACCACGACUAUGAUCACCGGUUAUGAACUGGAAGUACGUCAGUUGGGCGAAGUGGUCGCCACGUCCAACGGACAGGUGUAUUACCCAACCUAUCUUUUGGCCCCGUACCGGUUAGCUGUUGUCGCUGCUGGUCUUUUCGUUGCCUUCAUAUGGACUAUUUUCCCCUAUCCGAUCUCAGAACACUCGGCCCUCCGCCAGGAUCUUGGAAAUUCUCUAUACCUCCUUGCAAAUUACUAUUCCCUUAUCCACGAGACAGUGUCUGCCCGAAUCCGUGGCGACUCAGAAGAUUUACUCAGCACAACCUCAAGUGGACGCAAACUGGAAAAGGCACGCAACAAAGUAUUUUCCAAACAGAUGCUUAUGCUUGCAGGUCUACGGACACAUUGCGAGUUCCUGAGGUGGGAGGUACCUAUUGGUGGCAAAUUCCCAAAGCAGAACUAUGAUACCAUCAUAAACUGCAUGCAGAACAUUGUCAACUAUGUCAGUCUCGUUGCUUACGCAUCAGAUACGUUUACGCGCAUAGGUGAAGAUGCUGAGGUAUCCCAAAAUGCAUGGUUCAACGACUUUAAGAGACUGAUGGCCAGUGCCAACCUGACUUCCCAUGAAAUAACAUCUCUGCUUGCCCUACUGGCAGCCAGUAUAACGAACAGACAACCACUACCUCCCUACCUGCGCACACCUACGCCGUACGGGUUUUCGAAGCGGCUUGAAGCCUUGGACAGGGACAUCCUUAGUCUAAGGCAUAGCGCAGAGCCAGGAUAUGCCGCUUUCGCUGUUCUCCAGAUCUCCACCCGAUGCAUUAUUGGUGACUUGGAUAAGUUGUUGAAGAAUGUUAAAGCCCUUGUCGGAGAACUCGAUUUCUCUUUCCACAUCGUCAAUACAGCAUCGAAUUCGAACGCAAACCUGGUCGAUCCCCGCUCGGCGACGGACUCCGCCGAUCCUGUCUCCGACCCUGACAAGAACGAUUAAUAUCUUAAGACACCCUUGUCUUCACGUCUAUCACCAAUAAUCGCCAGACCUUCUUGGAUCCUAAUAUCUAUCACGUCAUCUACGCUAUCUACGCCAUCUGAAAUGACUUCAAUUUAUAUGUAACAACCUCUCUCUGAACAUGAUCUCACCCAUUAUGGGACAAUAUUCUGGUUAGCCAUCACAUGUCUUGUCGUGGUUUACUCUGUAUAUAAAUAUUCACAAUGCUAUUUGCGUUGGAGAAAAUUACUUCUGUUACCGAUUGCAGGAAAAUCGUUGACGUAAUCACGAUGUGGCCAGAUGCUGAUCUGUAAAUACUUUGAACUAACUGUGUUCUAGAACUGUAUAGUGUAAGACCGAGAAGCAAACCUAUAACAGUCUCCAAAAAGAGUUCAUAAGUCAGGGCUGCAAUGAAUCCAGACA